AUGAGUGACGUUCAGUUAUCAAGAGGUGAUUUUCACCUCAUCUUUACAAGUCAAAAGAGAUAUGAUAAUCCUGUCGAUGGUGUUUACCAAGUCUACAAUAUAAGAAAGUCUGAAGCUGGUAAUAGUAAUAGAAAGAAUCUUAUUAUGAUUUCUGAUGGUGUUUAUCACAUGAAGGCAUUGAUGAGAAAUAAAGCUGCUGCAAAGUUAGAUUCACUCGAGUUACAAAGAGGAGAUGUCAUUUGUGUUACAGUUGCAGAGCCGGCAAUCGUUAAGGAAAAGGGUAAAUAUGUCUUAUUAGUUGAUGAUUUCGACUUAGUUCAAUCAGGAUUGGCUUUAUUCAAUUCUUCAAGUGAAUUUUUGGAUCAUUAUUUCGCAGCAAAUCCAAAUGAGACUCUCAGAGACGAUACCGGCAAUCGUAGUGGUGCCACCUCUACAGCAAGUGGCGAACCCAAUAACACGCCCAAACCGCAACAAGCUAAACCCAAUACCGGCAGUAAUUUUCCAAUGGGGUCGGGUUCUCAAAAAUCGAGACCAAUCUUUGCCAUCGAACAACUUUCACCAUAUCAAAACAUUUGGACUAUCAAGGCAAGAGUCUCUUAUAAAGGUGAUAUUAAGACUUGGCACAAUCAGAGAGGGGAUGGUAAACUUUUGAAUUUGAACUUCUUAGAUACUUCUGGUGAAAUUAGAGGUACUGCAUUUAAUGAUAAUGCAACUAAGUUCAACGAAAUUUUACAAGAGGGUAAAGUUUACUUUCUAUCAAAGGCAAGAUUGCAACCUGCAAAACCACAAUUUUCCAACUUACCUCAUCCAUAUGAGUUGAUGUUGGAUAGAGAUACAGUCGUGGAAGAAUGUUUAGAUGCAAGUGAUGUACCCAAGACUCAUUUCAGUUUUAUUAAACUCAAUACAAUUCAAAAUCAAGAGGCUAACUCUACUGUAGAUGUAUUGGGCAUUAUCCAAACAGUUAAUCCUCAUUUUGAAUUAAUUUCGAGAGCUGGUAAAAGGUUUGAUCGUCGUGAUAUUACUAUCGUUGAUGAUUCGGAAUAUUCAAUAGCUGUUGGAUUAUGGAACCAACAGGCAGUGGAUUUUAAUUUGCCUGAAGGUUCUGUCGUAGCUAUCAAGUCAGUACGUGUUACUGAUUUCGGUGGUAAAUCUUUGUCCAUGGGAUUUACAAGUACAAUGAUUCCAAAUCCUGAAAUUCCGGAAGCUUAUUCUUUGAAAGGUUGGUUCGAUAAUACAGGCCGUAACCUGCAAUACCAUUCUUUAAAAGAGGAAGUUAAUGAGACCAACUCAACCACUAAUCUGGUUAAAUACAUCAGUGAACGCACUACCAUUGCAACCGCUCAAGCUCAAAACUUGGGUAGAAACGAAAAGGGUGAUUUCUUUAGUAUUAAAGCUGCUGUCAGCUUUUUGAAAGUGGACAAUUUUGCAUAUCCUGCCUGUCUCAACGAGAAUUGUAACAAGAAAGUAAUAGAACAACCAGAUCAAACUUGGAGAUGCGAGAAAUGUGAUACCAAUCAUCCUUCCCCAGAUUGGAGAUACUUGCUAACCAUCUCUGUAUUGGAUGAAACUGGUCAAUUAUGGUUAACCCUUUUCAACGAUCAAGCAAAACAACUACUGAAAGUCGAAGCUAGCGAAUUGGUCUUGUUGAAAGAAAGCGAUCCUACCGCCUUCAGUAAAAUUACACAGAGUCUUCAAAUGAAUCAGUACAGUUUCAGAAUAAGAGCUCGUGAAGAUAACUACAACAAUCAGUCAAGAAUAAGGUAUACCGUUUCUAAUCUGCAUAAUAUUAACUACAAGGCAGAAGCCGACUUUUUGGCUGAGCAAUUGACGCAGUCGCUUCUCGAAUGA